CAGGCGCCUGCUGACGAGGCGGACGCUGCCCCGCGAGCGCGCAGGAGGCGCACGGCGAGCCCCGAGAGCGCAACCGCCGCCGCCGCCGCCAAAUGCUGUGCUUGGUGAUCGCCGCGAUGAAAGCUCAAAUUGAAAUUAUUCCAUGCAAGAUCUGUGGAGACAAAUCAUCAGGAAUCCAUUAUGGUGUCAUUACCUGUGAGGGCUGUAAGGGCUUUUUCAGGAGGAGUCAGCAAAGUAACGCCACAUAUUCCUGUCCCCGACAGAAGAACUGUUUAAUUGAUCGAACCAGUAGAAACCGUUGCCAACACUGUCGUUUACAGAAAUGCCUUGCUGUGGGGAUGUCUCGAGAUGGUGAGCUUUACUAGUUCAGCUGUAAAGUUUGGUCGAAUGUCAAAAAAGCAGAGGGACAGCUUGUAUGCAGAAGUGCAGAAACACCGGAUGCAGCAACAACAGCGAGAUCACCAACAGCAACCCGGAGAGGCAGAGCCAUUGACGCCAACAUACAAUAUCACUACCAAUGGGCUCACAGAACUGCAUGAUGACCUCAGUAAUUACAUUGAUGGGCAUACCCCUGAAGGUAGCAAAGCAGACUCUGCCGUUGGCAGCUUCUACUUAGACAUACAGCCUUCUCCAGAUCAGUCGGGGCUUGAUAUUAAUGGAAUCAAACCAGAACCGAUAUGUGACUACACACCUGCAUCGGGCUUCUUUCCUUAUUGCUCUUUUACAAAUGGAGAGACUUCUCCUACUGUGUCCAUGGCAGAAUUAGAACAUCUCGCACAGAACAUUUCCAAAUCACACAUGGAAACUUGCCAGUACUUGAGGGAGGAGUUGCAGCAAAUAACAUGGCAAACUUUUCUACAGGAAGAAAUUGAGAACUACCAGAGCAAGCAAAGGGAGGUAAUGUGGCAAUUGUGUGCCGUGAAAAUAACAGAAGCAAUACAGUACGUGGUGGAGUUUGCCAAACGCAUUGAUGGCUUUAUGGAACUGUGUCAAAAUGAUCAAAUUGUGCUUUUAAAAGCAGGGUCUUUAGAGGUUGUAUUUAUCAGAAUGUGCCGUGCCUUUGACUCCCAGAACAACACAGUGUACUUCGAUGGCAAAUAUGCUAGCCCCGAUGUAUUCAAGUCAUUAGGAUGCGAAGAUUUCAUUAGUUUUGUUUUUGAAUUUGGAAAGAGCUUAUGUUCUAUGCACCUUACUGAAGAUGAGAUUGCAUUAUUUUCAGCUUUUGUUUUACUCUCUGCAGACCGAUCAUGGCUUCAGGAGAAAGUAAAAAUAGAAAAGCUCCAACAGAAGAUUCAGUUAGCACUUCAACAUGUAUUACAGAAGAACCACCGAGAAGAUGGAAUCUUAACAAAGCUAAUAUGCAAAGUGUCUACUUUAAGAGCACUGUGCGGGCGACAUACAGAAAAGCUUAUGGCGUUUAGAGCAAUAUACCCAGACAUUGUGCGACUUCAUUUUCCUCCAUUGUACAAGGAGUUGUUCACUUCAGAAUUUGAGCCAGCAAUGCAAAUGGAUGGGUAAACGUAUCACCUAAGCACUUCUAGAAUGUCUGAAGUACAAACUUUAA